AUGGCAGUGCACGCAUCGACCUCGCAGCGCCGCCAGCGCGCCGCGAGCGACGCUUCCUCCGACGCAGGCGAUGCGCGACGAAACAAGGGCAAGCGCGCGAGGGAGGCGGAGAGCGACGAAGAGGGCGACCAUGAGCGGGAUCUGGCGAACCUCGACAUCAAAGACCCGGUCAAGACGUGCAGGCACUUGUUCUUGCAGGCGCUCAUCUCGAGGAGGACGAUGCCGCUCGACCUCGCCGACGCGCUGUACAAGGAGUGUGUCAGGCUGUGCAGGGUCGAAGGACCUGAACCGCUCAACACGUUCAUCGCCAAGAUGGAGCCUGGUCUCGCCCUCUGCGGACUCGACAUCAAGACGACACGCGACCAGGAGUCGGGACAGGGCAUGCUCGUCCUGGUCAACACGAUGCAAGACGAGCCUGCGAAGUUGGCGACGGAGUACAGGGCCGAGGAGAUUGCGUUCUUCAAGUCUAUCGUCGAGCGCAUCAUGCUCGCGCCUAAGCUCUCGUACAGCAUCACGCAGACCGACGUGAUCCGGCUCGCCAAGCAGCCUGUCACGAAGGCUGGCGCCAUUCAGCUUCUGAAGAGCUUCCUCGCGAAAGGCUGGCUCUCACUGCACGAGUCUGGUCGAAUUGUCCUGUCGCCUCGCUCGCUCGUCGAACUCGCACCGUACCUUCGCGAGCAGUUUGACCAGGAAGAGGACGAGGCGGAGGACGCGAGGAACCGGACAGUCGUCGACUGCAACCUCUGCAUGGGUAUCGUGACCAGCGGCUACGCAUGUCCGAACGAGGAUUGUGGUGUUCGGCUGCAUACGUUCUGCGUUGCGCAGCGGCUUGGGAACGACGGCAGGUGUCCCGACAGGCUCGACGACAAGCCGAACCCGUGCCCUCAGAUCUGGCCUCGCGACCCGCAGACUCGCAAGUUCCACGGCGUGCCCAUCGGCGUCGCAGCCUUGGGUCUCGGAGGCGACGAAGAGUCGGACGCAGGGGCAACGAGCGACGUCGAGACUGGUGCGGGGACUCCUGCUGCAGCGAAGAAGAAGGGCAAAGCUGCUGCCGCGAAGGGGAGGAAGGCUGCUGCGAGCGGCAAGAAGGGGAAGAAGCGGACGAAGGCCGACGAAGACGAGGUGGAGGAGGACGAGCUGGACGAAGACGAAGAAUCCGAUGCCGAUGCCUCAAAUCGUCAGCGCGCCAGCAGCUCGCCUGCUGCCACUCGCAAAUCCUCUCGCACGGCGAAGAAGAAGCGUACUGUGCAGUCGGACGAUGACGAGGAGGAGGAGUAA